AUGGUUGCGGAUCAAACACCAGGUUGCGGAUCAAACACCAGGUUAGGUAACGCGACAAACACAGAUUCGGUAACCCCAGAUAAAGACGAUGUGUAUAUAGCGGGACACAUAAUCGAUGGCUGAAACCUGUUUCCUGGAACCGGUUAUUUAUUGUUAAUAUGGAAACACUUAGCCGCCUAUCAUAAUACCGAAUAUUUUGAAGUUCCCGUUGAGUUUCGUGAUGUAAUCUUUCACAGGGCGACCAUUAUGCCGCCGAAUCGCGAGAUCAAAUUAGCGACAACUAUUGAUACGACAAACGGCGACUUUGUUCUCACAGAAAACGGUACGGUUGUUGUCACCGGUAAUAUUCAGUUUCUGAAAACGGGUCUCGAGUUUCAGUACUAUUUGGAUGAGAAUUCGUAUCGCAUUCGCAAAGACGAAAAUCUAGUAUUCAAGAAACGAGACAUCUAUACUGGUCUUCGACUCAGAGGCUAUGAUUACGGACCAAGUUUUCAGUGCGUUUCUGAGGCUUUCGUUGAGGACAGAAAAGUCAAGGCAUUGAUUGAGUGGACAGAUAAUUGGGAGGUUUUUGCCGACAAUAUAAUUCAAAUUAGUAUACUCGGCGUCGAUACUAAAGGGCUGUUUAUUCCUGUAAAGUUGGAUCUGUUACGAGUCGAUCCGAAACUGUUACUCCAAGAAGUGGCCACAUUGGGUGGUGAAACGCCACAUCUAGAAGCCUUCUUCGACUACGACACCCGUAUAUGUGUGACCAAAGGUCUCGAAUUUAGAGGAAUGAAGGCAAACAUAAUUCAACGAAAUCUUGGCUUAACUUCAGUAGUUGUUGGAGACUAUAGUUUUCAACGAUUUGAUGGACUCAUUGAAAACUAUGACACUUACGAUGACGCGGAACAGAUCAAAGAUUAUGUCGAAUGUUGUGAGAAAAUGGCUGAAAAUUUGAGGAAAAAGUUUGAUUUGUUGCGGCCAACAAAUGAGUCAACAGUUCUGACAACAAUGAAAGAUAUGGAUUGUAUUAUCUAUAAGAAUGACAACAACGAUGGCAUCAAUUUAGUCGAAUUGUGUCAAUCGAUUUGGGAUUCAUUGAAAUCAAACGGUUUCUUUCAGAUUGUUUUCAGAUCUUGUUUUACUUCCAGCGAAAAGCUGAUCCGUUCAUUGCUUAACCAGAAGUCACACACAAUGAACGCUAAAACGAUUAGAUCAAAGGCAGAAGAAAACUUGUGGCUAAUUGCUGACGACACUUCCAAAAAUGGUAUCCUCGGAUUGGUCUGUAGUUUGAGGCGCGAAGUUAACGGUCAAAGAGUUCGAUGUAUUUUUAAUUUUAAUGGGACUUUUAAAGGCGAUCUGAUCCACGAUAAACAAACAUUAGUUGAUAUAAUGAGCAAAGAUUUGGUUUACAAUGUCUAUCGCGACAAUCAUUGGGGAUAUUAUAAACCAAAUGUUAUGCAAUCCAUCUAUAAGAGUAUACUAACAGAUCACUGUUAUCUGAAUACAAGUACUAAAGGAGAUCUAUCGAGUCUUAAGUGGUAUGAAUGUCAACAUAAGAAUUGGCCGAUCGGUCGCAAAGAUAACCAGAUUAUGUGUCGCAUCUAUUAUUCGGCACUCAAUUUUAGAGACAUUAUGUUGGCCACGGGUCGACUACCGCCCGACGCUUUGCCCGGAGAUAUGGCACUACAGGACUGUAUACUUGGAUUAGAAUUUUCAGGAAGAGAUGAAAACGGCAAUCGAGUGAUGGGAAUGAUUCCGUCUAAAGCAUUGGCCACUACCUGUAUUGUUGACGAUCCCGACUUUUUAUGGCCCAUACCUGACAACUGGUCAAUGGAAGAGGCGUCGACUGUUCCUUGUGUUUACUCUACCGCCUACUACUCGCUAAUAAUCAGAGGACAUCUGAAAAAUGGGGAGAAAGUUUUGAUCCAUUCGGGUAGUGGUGGUGUCGGUCAGGCGGCCAUUAAUAUAUGUUUGAAUAUGGGUUGUCAAGUGUUUGUUACGGUCGGAUCAAUGGCCAAACGAGAAUAUCUGAAGAAAUUGUUUCCCAAAUUAAAUGAUAGCAACUUUUCUUCAUCUCGCGAUUUGAGUUUCAAAACACAUGUAAUGAAUGCAACCAAAGGUAAAGGUGUAGAUUUGGUACUCAACUCACUGUCUGAAGACAAACUCAAAGUCAGUAUCGAGUGUUUGGCAGAUAACGGCCGGUUCCUUGAGAUUGGCAAAUAUGAUAUGUCUGUAAAUACAAGAUUAGAUAUGAAUGAAAUGCUGUAAAACAAGUCGUUUCACGGAAUUCUUUUGGACGCCUUGUUUACUGUCGAUGAAAAUACACCGAAAAGUUUGUUAAAUGAUAGGAAACUCAUUUGGGAACUGAUAGAAGAAGGCAUCAAAAACGGAACCGUACGGCCACUGGACAGAAGUAUAUUCACUGUUGACGAAUCAGAAGAGGCGUUCCGUUUUAUGUCAUCGGGAAAACAUAUGGGAAAAGUUGUCAUUAAAAUCCGAGACGAAGAGUCCGAGGGUCAGUCCAUGUCGUUGAAGCCGUUAGACAUUAAAGCCAACGCCCGGACAGUAUUCAAUCCCAACAAAGUU